AAGAAUAGUAGCUGUAGGGGGUGGGGGAGUGGUAAUGGAAGAAUGGAACUAUUGGAAACGAACAGACGAGCUCGAAACUCCGCGGAGAGUACUUAACCAUCAGUUCAGCUCAGCACUCAGCAGACUGCACACGCGGGCUUCGAAACACCGAGCAAUUCUUUUUCAAUUCUAUUUGUGCAGACAAAUAGAAUAAUUAAAGUGAAGAUGAGUUACUAUGUAUUGAGAAGUAAAUUGGCUGGAUUAAGCAGAAUCUCCUAUUUACGAUGUCGUACGGUUAAUCAAUAUUCCACUAAGUCGAAGGACAAUGGAGCAGAAGUUCCUGUGAACCCUUUGGCUAAAGUUUAUUCAGCUACGUAUCAAAAAGAAAAUGGUGCUAUUUACGAUAAAAAACCUCACAAAUUUUUUUGUGAAGAGGGAAAAGUUUACAAUUGGUGUUUAUGUGGACACAGUAAAAAUCAACCCUUCUGCGAUGGAACUCAUAACAAUAUAUUCUUGAAGAUUAAGAUACGACCGAUUAAGUUCACAGUAACAAAAUCUAAGAACUACUGGCUCUGCAACUGCAAACAAACCCGUAACAGACCAUUCUGCGAUGGUACUCACAAAAGGGAGGAUAUAGCAGGAAAGAAAAAUUAUUAAGUUAUAAUGAUUGAUGGUAUAUUUUUAAUCACAAAAUUUACAUUCAACCAUCAAGACAAUUUUUGUUGUAAAUAGAUUUAUACUCUACUUGUACAUAUGAAUGAUACAAAAAAAAAAAUAAAAUAGGAAAUGACAUUGAAUUGUAACAUAAAUUUGAUUUUCAUUAGUUCAAGAUUAGAAUAAUAACCUUGUACUCACUUGCUCAAUUUUAAUAACUUCGAGAAAUUCUAUGUCAUUGUGAUGAUUUUUGAUAUUUAAUUCUUUUGUAUAAAAUGAAGGAGCCAAUACUAAUUUGAGCAGUAUUUCUUUAUUAUUAUUUUUCUUUUUUUGUAAUUAUUUUCAGUUUUUUAUUUUAUAUUUAAUUCUUGCUUUUUAAUUUACAUUUACUAUUAUACACUUACUACUUUUGCAAUAUAUUUUGCAAAACGUAGAGCAGACUUUAGGAUUAUUUAUUCCAACAUUAUCAGACUUGUUAAAUUAUCAUUUACUUUUUGCAAGUAUUCAAAAAAGUGUCUUAUUAAGAAGCUUAAUGAUCACAGAACAUAAUUAAUUUUAAAAAUUGUGAGGAUUUUAACAUGAACUCAAACGUAUGUAUAUCUAUUUUGCAAUAAAUUUUAUAAGUUUCUUUAAUA